UUCGGGUAAUCUUAAGGCAAAACGCCACUAACGCCUAGUUAUAUCAUCUUUUAGCGAUAAUAAAAUUCUGAUUUUUUUAAUUUAGCUAAAAUAAAGCUUGAUUGAACCGUUGCAUAGAUGACUGAUUCUGAUAACUGAUUGUGAAUUGUCAAAACAUACAUAACCUAUAAUAUCGUACAUACCUGCAUAGAUAAUAUAAAUAUAUAAUUCUCUUCAAAUAGUGACAUAUUUAACACAAAAUUAACAAUUAUUAAUAGGACACAGUAAUAGUCGAAUUCACUUAUUUGGUUAGAUUGAUUUGGUUUGGAAAAACUACUACUAUCUUAUAACUUCCUGAUGGCAGUGUGCGUUGCAAUAAUUGGUAAAAAUAACGCGCCACGAUUCUUUUCUUGUUUAGACUCGGACAAUGAGCUCGAGCUGCAAUACGAAGUUCAUGCCGCUCUCGAUGUUGUGGAAGAACGAUUAAGUGCUGUUAAGGACAGCAAAGAAUUGUACCUUGGCCAAUUAUACUCGACUGAAACUUAUAAAAUCUUUGGCUACGUCACGAACACCAAAGUUAAAUUUAUAAUUGUUAUAAAUUCAUCCAGCACUACAUUACGUGACAACGAGGUUCGAACAAUGUUCAAAAGACUUCAUUCUUUGUACAGUAAUGCAAUCUGCAAUCCAUUUUGUGCUCCCGGAGAUGAAAUUAUUUCAAAAAAGUUCAGUGAUUAUGUAAAUAUUAUUGUCAAUGGCAAUGCCGUUCAUAAAUAAAAUAUUAUAGAUUAAUUAUCAGUUUUAUUUAACUAUAUAUUUCCCGUUGCCUACUCUCAUUUGCUAAAUGUACUUCUAAAUAAGUGUGUUCAUAUUAUCUAUAACAAAUAUUGGCUUACCAGCAUAUUAGCACCAUGACACCAAGAGCUUCCAUAUUAGGGGAUUUUCACAUAAACACUAGAAACAUUUAUUAUUCA